AUGGAGAACCCCAAGCAAGAGUUUGAGUAUGGUGCAUGUAUGAGAAAUCAUGCAGCAAACCUUGGUAGCCAUGCCACAGACGGUUGUCUAGCAUUCUACCCAACUAUUGCUAGCUCCCUUUGUGGGGCAUGUGAUUGCCACAAGAAUUUCCACCGGAAGAUAGUUGUGGUAGACAGCGGUUGUGGUGAUGAUAGGAAGGAAGAGAGUAGGAGUCACACUGUGAAGGUUAAAACAGAGGAGGUGGAAGUGAGUGACAAUAAUAAAGAGGAAGAAGAGAAGCAGUUGCAGGAGCUCAUGGUAGCAGAGCAGCUACGGCAACAACAGGAGCAUCAAGUGGUGGUGCAGAUGAGUAAGGGGAGGAGGCCAAGGACGAAGUUCACGUACGAGCAGAAGUGUUGGAUGUUUGCAUUUGCAACAAGUCUUGGAUGGACAAUGCAGAGAAAUAGGUGGGAUGAGAUCAACCAAUUCUGUCAGAAAAUUGGGGUGUCAAGGCAUGUUUUCAAGGUCUGGAUCCACAACCAUAAGAAUCGUUAA